AUGUUGAAAGACCACGACGAUUUUGAGUACAUUAUCCUCGACGGCCACCAACUCCGCGAGCAUCCAUGCCGUGAACCACUGUUGAAGUUGGUAAAUAAGGCAUUCUACGAAGGUGGCCAGGCAGUAUUCAGCGGCAAGCUGAGCCGCUUCGAGAGCCUGGAAGAGCUGCUCAAAUCAGUGGAUGAUUAUGCCAGAUGCUGCAUCCUCUUCCAAAAGACUCCAGGACAAACGACGAGCGACUGGACCGAUCCUGUCGCUACAGCAGUGCUGCGGCCGUAUAGGGAGGAAAUUGUCGGAUUGCCAGAUAUCAAACCCCAGCCGGUUGAUGCAUCUGGUAAUGUAUUGACGGACCGUAAAGACACUGAUGCCAAACCCGAAUACCGCGCACAGCCUGGUCCCUUCAACGGAAGCAAGGGAGACAAGAGAGACAUCCUGUCCAUCGCCGUGUGGGAACCGGUAUCUGUCGCCGUGAAGCGUGAUCCGAGUGUGCUCCGCAAGGGGCUGGCUACUCGCUGUCUCGCACUUUUAGAGGCGGAUCUCUGCUCCCGGGUCAAAGAAGCGAAGCUGAAUACACUCAGACAAGACGCCGAUGGAGCUGGUCAUGCACGAUGCGAAGGCGACCCCCUGACAAUCCGGCUACGGGCAACAUGGGAGAUCAACGGUGAAUACUGGAGCCGACGGGGCUUCACGCCGGUCGAGGUCCGCAGAGUCCCAGCGGGUGUAUGGGGCGCAAAAGUGCCUUUCCGCCUGAUGACUAUGACGAAGAGGGUAUCCUGUCCAUCUGAUACAGACGAUGCAUAG